AUGGCGGCGGCGGGACCGGGUCCGGCCUCGGCCGGCGGCGGCCGCUGGGAGGUGGUGCGCAAGGGCCGGCGGCCCGCGGGCGGCCCCGGCAGCCGCCGCGCCCUGGGCGAGGCCAACGCCGGCCGCGCGCUGCCGGCGGCGGGUCCCAUCGCCACCUCCGACACCAUCUUCGAGCUGGGCUUCGAGCGGGCGCUGAAGAAGCAGAACAAGGAGCAGGUCCCCCCCGCGUCGGCGCCCGAGCAGCCGCACCGGAAGCAGCACGCGGGGAAGAGCGCGAAGAAGCCGUCGGCAAACGACGCCGGCGUCAAGCCGGGGAAAUGCCGCUCGCUGGAGGAAGCCCUGAGAGCCCUCGACUUGGCGGAUCUGCAGAAGGAGCUGGAUAAAAGCCAGAGCGUGUUCCCCGAGAACCCCUCCGUCUGGGUGAAGGACCUGGCCGGUUAUCUCAACUACAAGCUGCAGGCGCCCAGGAGCGACCCCAUGCUCAGCCAGCACCCCCACGACUAUCCGUACUGCCUCAUCAGCAAGGAGCUGAGGAACAUCAUCAGAUCCCUGCUGGGAAGGUCAUCCGGCGUGCUGGAGCUCUUCUUCGACCACUGUAUUUAUACCAUGCUACAGGAGCUGGACAAAACCCCAGGGGAGUCUUUGCACGGGUACAGGAUCUGCAUCCAGGCGGUGCUUCUGGACAGGCCCAAAAUCGCCACGAUGAACCUGGGCAAGUACUUGGAGGUGCUGCGGUCCCACCAGAACAGGCCAGCGAAAUGCCUUACCGUCCUCUGGGCGCUGGGACAGGCCGGAUUCGCCGACCUCCACGAGGGCCUGAAAGUGUGGCUCGGCGUCAUGCUCCCGGUGCUCGGGAUCAAGUCUCUCUCCCCGUACGCUGUUGCCUACCUGGACCGUCUGCUGAUGAUGCAUCCAAACCUGACCAAAGGCUUCGGUAUGAUUGGACCCAAGGAUUUCUUCCCCCUCCUGGACUUUGCCUUCAUGCCCAACAACUCGCUGCCGCCCAGCCUGCAGGAGCAGCUGCGGCGGCUCUACCCUCGCCUGAAGGUGCUGGCGUUUGGCGCGAAGCCGGAGACAGCACUGCACACCUACUUCCCCUCCUUCCUCUCCCGAGCUACGCCGAGCUGCCCUCCCAGCAUGAAAAAAGAGCUCCUGACCUCCAUGAGCCAGUGCCUGAGCCUGGACCCCCUGAGCUUCAGCGUCUGGAGGCAGCUGUACACCAAGCACCUCUCUCAGUCCAGUUUGCUUCUGAACCAUCUCCUGGAGUCCUGGGACAGCAGCAGCAAGAAGGUACGUCAGUCGCUGCAGGAAACGGUUCGCUCGUUCAAAGUAACGAACGAGGAGCUGGCGGCGAGAGGGCCCAACAGCGACCAGGACGUGGCCGCCUGCGAUGCUGCCUGCAAGGAACUGCUGCGCAAGAUGAAGGGCCGGGGCUUCCCCUGGUCACGGCUGCUGCUUGUCCUCCUGGUCUUCGUAGCCGGCUUCCUCCUGCACGACGUCCGGACGCACGGCUCCUUCCAGGCCUCCUCCUCUGCUCACCUGCUUCGUUCCUCUGGCGUCCUGCCGGCCUCGCAGCAAGCCUGGCAGAAGGUCUCCCACGGCUGCCUCGAAGGGUACAGGUGGCUGGAGCGGAGCCUGCCCGUCUACGGCUCCCAGGCAGCCGCCGUCCUGCAGCCGCAGCUGGAGCUGCUCUGGGUGAAGAGCGGCGAGGUGGCCCUGUACGCGUCUGAGCAGUGCUCCUCCCUGCUGUCCUGGAUCCACGACAGCCUGCCCUGGUUCAUCGAGUGGCUCCAGUCCCGGGUCCCAGAGUCCCUGCUGCACUUCGCCGAGUGCGUCAGAGAGCUGCUGCUCUUCCUGGUGCGGAGCUGCCUGCUGCCGCUGCUGGAGUGCGUGGCCGCGGCGCUGGAGCGGGGCUGGAAGCACUGGGUGGACUCCUGCAACGGAGAAGUGUCGUGGGGCUGCGUGAGGGAACACCUGACGAGCUUUACCUAUUCUUCUUGGAUUUAUCUGCAAAACACAACCCUCGCCGUCAAAAACUGGGCCUUGGCUAUGAUUUCCGGACACUGAUCGGCUUUCCGGAGGAGCGGGGACACGGUCGUGCCGACUCCGGACGUUCCAGCUGCCCGAGGAGCGUCUCCAGUGGAACUUGCGUUGGCCGCGGGACGGAGAUGCGGAGGGAGAUGCGCGGG